CCGAGCAACGCCGUGGUUGUUAUGGAAACGGAACCUUUUUUUUUUUAAGCCUCGUUCUCCGUGGAAGUUUUAAAGCGCCGGAAGAGAAGCGAAUAACCGACAAGGAUCGAUUUUCGAAGCGACAACUCGAACAUUGGCGAGCUUUUGUUGUCGUUGUUGUUCGAUGCUAUUGCUAACGAGCGGCGGCUAACGUCACUCAAUGGAGUCGGCGCGGACCCGGAAACAAAACCGAGCAAACAAAAGCAAUGACAACCUUCUGUUUCUCACCCCCACGGUCAACAGUUGCAAUUUGCGCCUGAAGACGGUCAGAUCGCUCCCGGAGAGAGGCCAGCGCCUGGUUACCUCUCAUGAUUUUUUAAAGGACCCUUGCCUGACUGUCAAAGCAAUAAAUCCUCCUCAUCCAGAGCCACUGCAAGACGGCGCCCCCCGCGGUUUGCCCGUAUUCUCAUUUACAGGAAAUGAUGGCCGCCACCAACACAGCAGGCCCACUCACAGUGCGGACGCAAGGCACUGCCGCCACGCCUCACUCCCCCGCAAGCCAGCGGGUGUGUCCGGAGCGUAUCAUUCCAACGCCACAUCUGGGUUCCCCCUCAUUCACUUCCAUUGGGACGGCGCUCUAUCCUGUUUUCAACGCAUUGACCUGGACAGGCGGUGUCUGCAAGAGUGCCCUCACCUCGGCGUCAUGGACCAGCUGCAAGUUCUCAACCUGCAGCACAACCUGAUCGCCAGCAUCAGCCGUCUGUCGCUGCUGCAGCAGCUGGUGGUCCUCAACUUGUACGACAACCACAUCUCGGACAUGAGCGGCAUCGAAACGCUCGUCUCCCUCAGGAUCCUCAAUCUGGGGAAUAACAGGAUCCAUAAAAUAUCCUGCUUGGAUAACCUACAUGAACUCAACAUCCUGGAUUUGCAUCACAAUCAGAUCUGCAAGAUGGAGAACCUGAACCACCUGAAGGAGCUGCAGGUGUUGAACUUGGCAGGAAACAACAUCUCAAAAGUGGAGAACCUCCAAGGCAUGGACUGUUUAACGGAACUCAACCUACGGCACAACUGCAUCUCUUUCGUGCCCUCCCCGUGCAGACCAGGCAGCAUGCUGGGCUCUUUGUGCAUGCGCAGGGCACACGGAGGAAGCUGCAAGACCGAGGUGGACCGCCUGCCCCGCUUGCAGCGCCUCUUUCUCAGCUGCAACAACAUCACCAGUCUCCAUCAGCUAGGCUGCUCCGGAGAGUCGCGCUCCCUUUCUGAGCUCACCCUGGAUGGGAACCCUGUAGCCCUGGAGACAUGGUACAAGCAGGCCGUCCUGCGCUGUGUGCUUCACCUCCGACAGCUGGACAUGAAGCGCAUCACCGAGGAGGAUCGGCGCAUGGCUGGUGUUCAAGCUCGGAAAGAGGAGGAGAAGAGGAAGGAGAGUCAAAAGCAGACCAUUCAUAAGGAGAAGCGACGUCUAGCCAUCCGUAAUGCGGCUCAGCAGUGGGAGGGUGUCAUCGCCUGCCUGGAGCUGCCAUCCACAAAUGGCGCCAAAGAAGAGGUCAGCCCGGAGAACAGCCCCGCCCACUGCCCGACGCAGACCAAUGGGCUGCCUCAGGAGCCUUCGCCCGAUGAGCCGAGGCGUACAAGUCCAGGUGCUGGACCAGAACCAGUCAUGUGUGCUGGACCAGAACCAGUCAUGUGUGCUGGACCAGAACCAGUCAUGUGUGCUGGACCCGAGAACAGAUUCCGCACCAACAGCCGUCCAAACAGCCCCAGAGAUCCAAAGCUCGCAGAGGCAGGCAGCGUCCAGAGUCUGUCCCUGUCGGAAAGUCACCUGGCCGAGCUGGAUGGAGACACCCUACGGUUGUUCGGACUCGGCGCCCUGGAGGCGCUGGAGAGGAGCUGGGGCGCUCAGACGGCCGGCGCCGUGACCGUCAUCACCUUCCGCUACAUCCAAUUUGACGCCAUCGUACCGACGCUGCCGAAAAUCAGGGUCAAGUUCCCCAAUCUGUUGCAUCUAAUCUUCUUGGAAACCAACAUCAGUCGCCUGCCGCAGCUGGCCGCCCUGGCUCAGGUCAGGCGUCUGGACCAGCUGACCAUCCACCUGGAAGGAAACCCGGUGGUCAGCCUGGCUCUGUGGCGCUCCUUUGUCAUCUACCGCCUCCACCACUUCAACAUGCAGAAGAUCAACGGCCAGGAGGUCACUAUGAACGACAUCAUCGCCGCAGAGCGCGUUUUCGGCACGCUGGGUCACAUAGCGGCCACCGAGACGCCACGUUGCCGCCUCCUCCUGCUACUGGAGGAGUCCAGGAAGCGCCAGCUGCAGUUCCUGUUGGAGGGGCGUGGCCGGCGGGCGGGGCUCAGCCCUGAGGAGCUGCGAGACAACGGGAAGCUCCUGGGAGAAGGUCUGAGCCGAGCGCUGUUCAACUACCCGAGCCGGGACAGCAACACCGACAGCCCUGAGGAGGGUGCGAUGGAGGCGUCAGAGCGCAUCGCCAUGGUGGAUCAGUACCUCCAGGACCUGGUGCGCAGGGCCUCAGACACCAACCUAAAGGGCGAGGCCCUCCACACGCUGUGGCCCUCCAUGUUCGCCGAGAUGGUGAGGGACUGCGUGCUGGAGAUGAGGGACCGAGCGGCCUUCCGCCAAGCCAGCCUCGCCAAGUGUUCCAAGUGAACUUCUCGCCGUCACGGUCCCAUCUUUACCAGUAGCAACACACUCUCACCUCUUGACUUUUCCACUCCCAUGACUUUUUUGAGCCUGACAGGUUUAUCUCCUAGACCACUUUAAAGACUCGUGGAUUGAAUGUAUAGGCGGCCGCAUCAUCAGCUUGAAAUGACCACAAUCUUUUUACUUUGUAUAUUUUAGAAUGACCU